CUUGUUUUUCGCGCCAAAAACCGGGCGUGCAUUGUCUGCUCUCGCGCGAAUCCUCCAGACUUGUAGUGCUUGUAGUUUGCGGCGAUGGCUGGGUUUGACGAUGGUGGAGUCUUUUUCAGCGACAACUUCAGCUCGGAGAACACUCAGGAUGACAGCCAGGUCAACCUGCAGGCCGUCAAGCGUCGCUUCCGCGAUUUCUUGCGGCAAUUCCACGAAGGGAACUUCAACUACCGUUACAGAGACCAGCUGAAGCAGCACUACAACAUGGGGCAGUACUGGCUGGAAGUAGCGAUGGAAGACAUCUCCAGCUUCGACGAGGUGCUUGCUGACAAGCUGAGCAAGCAGCCAACUGAACACUUGCCACUGCUGGAAGAAGCUGCCAAGGAUGUCGCCGAUGAGGUAACCAGACCGCGGCCUGAAGGAGAGGAGGACGUUGCCGACAUACAAGUGUUGCUGAAGUCAGAAGCUCAUCCUGUCCCCAUGCGUGAGAUCAAGUCUGACCAAGUUUCCAGGCUGGUCAAAGUACCAGGCAUUGUGAUCGCCGCCACUGGAAUUAAGGCCAAGGCAACCAGCAUCACUCUGCAGUGUCGUUCCUGUCGAGAGACUGUGCCCCACGUGCCAAUCAGGCCUGGCCUUGAAGGCUAUGCCAUGCCACGCAGAUGCAACAGUGAUCGUGCGGGGCAGCCCAAGUGUCCUAUCGAUCCAUUCUUCAUUGUUCCCGACAAGUGCAAGUGUGUCGACUUCCAAGUGCUCAAGCUGCAGGAGGUCCCCGAGGAGGUGCCCUACGGCGAGAUGCCUAGACACCUGCAGCUGUACUGUGAACGGUACCUCUGUGAACGUGUCGUGCCAGGCAACAGGAUUACCGCCAUUGGUGUCUACUCCAUAAAGAAGACUGGGCAUUCAACCAAGAAAGGACCUCAAGAGAAGUCGAACAUUGGCAUCCGCGCUCCAUACCUUCGAAUCGUGGGCAUUGCUGUGAACACAGAGGGCGCGGGUAGAGUUGGAGGCACAAUGCUGACACCUGAUGAGGAGGACAUGUUUCGCCACCUGGCGAGCAGCCCCAACAUCUACGAGCGCAUUGCCAACAGCAUCGCACCCUCCAUCUAUGGCUUUGCUGAUGUGAAGAAGGCCAUUGCUUGUCUGCUCUUCGGUGGCUCUGUGAAAAGGCUUCCAGAUGGUCUGAGGCGGCGAGGUGACAUCAACUUGCUUCUUCUUGGUGACCCAGGCACAGCCAAGAGUCAGCUGUUGAAGUUUGUGGAACGUGUGGCUCCAAUUGCUGUGUACACUUCCGGCAAAGGUAGCAGUGCUGCUGGUCUGACAGCUUCGGUCAUCAGGGAUCCGGCUACUCGGAACUUUGUCAUGGAAGGUGGUGCCAUGGUGUUGGCAGACGGGGGUGUUGUCUGCAUCGACGAGUUUGACAAAAUGCGAGAGGACGACCGAGUAGCCAUUCACGAAGCCAUGGAGCAACAGACCAUCUCCAUAGCCAAGGCUGGCAUCACAACAACCCUUAAUUCUCGCUGCUCGGUGCUCGCGGCAGCCAACAGCGUGUUUGGCCGCUGGGACGACUUGAAAGCAAACGAGAACAUUGACUUUAUGCCCACCAUCCUUUCUCGUUUUGACAUGAUCUUCAUCGUGAAGGACGUCCACGAUGAGAAGAAAGACUCUGCACUUGCCAAGCACGUGAUUGGUAUCCACAUGAACGCUGAGCCAACUGCCGAAAAGACGCAGGAAGGCGAGCUGAGCUUGAGCAUGCUCAAGAAGUACAUCUCCUUCUGCCGAGAUAAGUGUGGGCCAAGGCUAUCUGCUGCUGCUGCCGAGAAGCUCAAGAAUCGCUAUGUCAUGAUGCGAAAUGGAACUCGUGAACAUGAGCAGGAGUCUGUCAAAAAGUCAAGCAUACCCAUCACCGUCAGGCAGCUGGAGGCUAUUGUGCGUAUCGCUGAAUCCCUGGCCAAGAUGCAGUUGCAGCCAUUUGCUACCGAGUGGCAUGUUGACGAGGCACUGCGGCUCUUCCAGGUUUCAACGCUGGAUGCUGCGUUGUCCGGUGACCUCUCUGGUGCUGAAGGGUUCUCAACACAAGAGGAGCACGAAAUGCUUCUGCGUAUCGAAGGCCAAAUGAAGCGACGCUUCGCCAUUGGCUCUCAGGUCUCGGAACACAGCAUCGUGCAAGACUUCCUCAAGCAGAAAUAUCCGGAACGCGCAAUCUACAAAGUGCUCCACUACAUGAUUCGACGAGGGGAGAUCCAGCACCGCAUGCAGCGGAAGAUGCUCUAUCGCAUCAAGUGAUGCGGACAAAGUGUCGUAAAAGACCACUUGCCAGACCAUGUAUACUCGUAUAUUUUGUACAUACACAUUCUAAUUUUGAUAUUUGUAUUAUAUACAACAAAUAAAUUCCAAGUAAUUUCUCAAGUACACAA